AUGACUGGAGGCGGGGGUGCAGCUGAGGUGAGCUCCAGCCGAAGGACAAUGUUUGCGCCCGGCGUUGGCAUCCCUCCGCUGCCGGGGCGGCUGGUACUGAUGCUGCUCCUGCUGUGCGCCUCCGAGCCCAGGCUCUCCAGGGCCUGUACCGGGUUGCUCGCCUCCACCAGCGGCUGCAGCUGCACGGAGGAGCGGGGGAAAACGCACAGUGUCCCGGGCCAGGCUGUGGGGAGGAGGGUCAGCUGCACCAAGGAGGAGCUGAGUGAGCCACCGGAUGGCAGCCUGCUACCCAACAGGACCGUCACCCUGAUACUGAGCCACAACAAAAUCAGAGUCCUGAAAAAUGGAUCCUUCAGUGGACUUUUUGCUUUGGAAAAAAUGGACCUCAAGCACAACUUAAUCAGCACCAUCAUGCCCGGGGCCUUCCAGGGCCUGUCUGAGCUUCGGAAACUCGACCUCUCCAACAACCGCAUUGGCUGUCUGUCUGCGGACAUGUUCCAAGGGUUGACCAAUCUUACCAAAUUGAAUCUUUCUGGCAACAUCAUAUCCACGCUGGAUCCAGCAGUGUUUCAGGAGCUGCCGUCUCUCAAGUUAGUGAACUUCAACUCAGACUACCUGUCAUGUGACUGCGGCCUUCGUUGGGUACCAGGCUUCUUCCGCAGCAGCUCAGCCCGGUUGGGGGACGAAACCCUGUGUGCCUACCCGAGGAGCCUGAGGGGAAAACCCCUUCGUGGCCUGAGAGAGAGCCAGCUGAACUGUGAUGGUCCACUCGAGCUGCACACGCUGUCCCUGCUGCCAUCUCAGCGUCAGGUGGUCUUUAAAGGUGACCGGCUGCCCUUUCAUUGCACUGCCGCCUUGGUGGACAAGAUCACCACCUUACACUGGCGUCACAAUGGUCAUCUGGUGACCUCUGACCCCGAGAUGGGUGUCCAGCUAGAGACUAAUGUGCUGCAUGACUGCACCUUCAUCACCAGUGAGCUUAUUCUAUAUAACGUGCGUGCUGAGGCCAGAGGAGAGUGGGAGUGUGUGGUUUCCACCGGGCGGGGCAACACGUCUCGUAGUGUUGAAAUAUUGGUGCUGGAGAACAGUGCCUCCUUCUGUCCAGAGGAUAAAGUUGUCAACAACCGUGGGGAGUUCAGGUGGCCGAGGACUCUGGCAGGCAUCACCUCUCAUCAGUACUGCCUGCAGAUGCGAUACCCUUCCCUGUCUAUGGAGGGAGGUAGUGAGCAAAAAAAAGCCUCCAGAUACUGUGAUGAUAAUGGAAAGUGGAGGGAUGCAAACUAUACAGAGUGUCACUACACCAAUGGCAUCACUCGGGUCCUUCACACCUUCAUCCUGCGGCCCAUCAAUGUGUCCAAUGCUGUCACUCUGGCACAUCAGGUGCGCACAUACACACUAGAGGCUGCAGGCUUCACAGACUCUGUGGAUGUGUUGUAUGUGGCACAAAUGAUGGAGAAGUUUAUGGAAUAUGUCAAACAGCUACGAGAGUUGUCAGAGGUGUUGGUUGAGAUGGGCAGUAACCUAAUGCAGGUGGAUGAUCAGCUUCUCGCACUCGCCCAGAGAGAGAAGAGGGCCUGCAGCUCCAUAGUUCACUCCCUUGAGACCCUGGCCUGGCCUCAGCUCCACAGUCAUGCUCAGGAUUUCUCCAUGGUGUCCAGGAACAUUGUGAUGGAGGCUCACUUCAUUCGACCAGCCCACUUCACUGGUAUAACCUGCACUGUGUAUCAGCGACGGGACGUCUCAACAGGCAAUCUGGGAAUGGAAAUGGCCGAAUCCGUUCAUGAGCAGCAGCUUCGUUUUCGCUGCAGUACAGGCUCCCAUAAUACCUCACUCAACAGUUUCCCACUUAAGAAUUCAGUAGCCCUGGCCUCUGUGACUCUGCCAUCGACGCUGUUUCCUCCUGACGCUCCUGCAGACUGUAAACUGCAGUUUGUAGCCUUCAGAACCGGCAGCUUCUUUCCUCUGUCUGGGAACUCUAGCAACACUGGGGAACACUAUAGCAGACGUAGCGUCAACACACCUGUCAUCUUUGUUGGUCUUGACGGCUGCAGAAUGUGGAACCAUUCAGAGCCCAUCUGGGUGUCGCUUCGCCACUUGUCCCCUGGUUCUGAUGCUGUGGCAGCCCAGUCGCUGAGGAAGCUGGAGAAACCGGGAAGCUGGAGCCAGGAGGGCUGUCAGCUGGUCCACAGUGACAGCAGCAUCUCCACCAUGCGAUGCUCUCUGCUCAGCAACUAUGCUGUUCUGCAGGAGGUGCCUGACUUUCCCAACUCCGCACCCAUGUCUGUUAGGGUGCUCCACCCAGUGGUGUAUGCCAACACUGCGCUACUCCUCCUCUGCCUCUUCACCAUCAUCAUCACACACAUACUACACCACAGUACUAUUCACAUAUCAAGAAAGAGCUGGCAUACAUUACUGAAUACCUGCUUCCAUAUCGCCAUGACAACAGCUAUAUACGCUGGAGGCAUAAGUUUGACCAGCUACCCGGUGGUUUGCCAAGCAGUGGGCAUUGCCCUGCACUACUCCUCUCUGUCGACCCUGCUGUGGAUCGGCGUCAGUGCCAGGGUCCUCUACAAAGAGGCUGUGUGGAGAAUACCUCGGCAGCCAGAGGGAGAGCCUCUUGCUCCACCUACUCAGCGACCUAUGCUCAGGUUCUAUUUGAUAGCGGGUGGAGUUCCUCUUAUCAUUUGUGGGAUCACUGCAGCUGUCAAUGUCAACAACUAUGGAGACAACAGCCCUUACUGCUGGCUCUUGUGGCGCCCUAGUCUAGGGUCUUUCUUUGUCCCUGCUGGCCUGGUGGUGUUGGUGACCUGGAUCUAUUUCCUGUGCACUGGGGUUCGCCUGAGGCACAGGGUGGCCAAAGAAUGCACAGGAACCACCAUGUCUACCCCUGUGACUGAGAGCCAGCCUGCACUAGCAGGAAGCACUAGCCUCCUCUCCACAGACUCUGUGGUGGGGCCAAUGAGUCCUGUUGUGGCCCCAGAGGACCAGUACUCCUUGAAGACACAGUUUUUGGUGCUAGUGGCAACUCACUUUCUGUUUGUGGCUCUGUGGUGUUGUGGAGCGAUGGCGAUGUGGCUGACAGGACGCACCAGCUUGUUGUUUAGCAGUCUUUAUGGGAUAACUGCCACACUUUUGGGGGUGUUUCUGGUGGUGCAUCACUGCUUUAGACGCCUGGAUGUGCAGGCUUCAUGGCUUGCAUGUUGUCGGGGUUACCGCAGCUCCCAACCCAUGUCAACUUACACACACACCUGCACUACUGGGAGUGGAGUGCAGACCUCAGAGCAGGGAUCACAGCUUUUCAUCAAUUGCCAUCCACCUGCUGAGCCUCAUAAUUCAUCAUCAGCUCGGUCAUCAUCCACACCUAGUGGAAUCAGCAGCGUGGGGCCCGGACCCUGCAAGCUCACCAACCUGCUGCAGGUGUCACAAGACAAUCCAAACAACAACACUCGUGCCCCUGCAGGCAACAAUACCAGCACCAGUACUGACAACAUCACCAAGCCCACAAACAAUGUCCUACCCAUCAUUAACUCUGCAGCCCCAGUGCACCCCCAGAGGAGGAAAGUGGGGAGCAGGACUAAACAAGGAAGCAGUCAGUACCACCAUCGAGGUGAGGGCAGGGGUCAUUAUCGCCUCAAAGCUCUAAGGACUGCAGGAGGGGGCAGCCUGGGAGCUUUAGGACCCUCUGGGUUAGAUCACCUUAGUUCUUCACAUGCGGUUUACAAACAGGCCACCAGUGAGAAUGGCAGCCUCCAUCACAGCCUCUCAGAGACCCAGGCCAGCCCGCUGACCAAUGGGAAACAUGUUGGAGAGUCUGUGGUGACCAGCCCCUCAGAGGGGAGCGACGGGGGCAGCAGCGGGAGCCGAAAACCAUUCCCCCUGCUGCCCUCUAUGGCCAGCAGAGCAGCCAUGCACGGAGCUCAGAGACGGUGCGCCAGCAGAGACAAUUUGAAACUUGCAGCUGCUGCAGAGCGAGAAACUAAGCGCUGCUCCUACCCUUUGAACAGUGUCACCACAACUGUGCCGGGGGCUACUCCAAACGGUACCUUGAAAAACUCAGUGCUGGAGCUAGAGCAGGACAUGAGUGGCACUGACCAAUCACAGAGCUCCGUUGGGAUGAAGAGUGGUUUGUGGAAAAGUGAAACCACAGUCUAACCUAUUUUUAUAUGUGAACUUCUAUGCAUGACCUUAAUGGACUUUUGAAAUGAUUGGGUUAUGUUUUAAUGGUCUCUUGAUUAUUAUAAUUAUAUAAUUUAAGAUAUAAAAUCUUGGAGGCAUCCAGGACCCUAAACUGGUACUUUUGCCUCUGUAGCAUUUGAAAUAGUUUGCUGUGAAAUGGUAAAAGUUAUCACGCAGGUUUUCCAUUGUCAUUUUCAAAAAUAAGAUGCUCAUUUAUUGUAUUCAUUUCACAAUAAAAAUGUACAAGAUACCUCUGAAAUUAGCAUAUGAUGUUGAUUUUGGAUGUGUUAUGAAAGCUUUAAUGUUUUAAUAUGGAUAUUUCUAUGCAUAUCAACUAUAGCAUGAAAAGGAAUGCAAGAUGGUCCAUUUCCAAAGUUAAGCUUUAUGCAUUUACCCUGAUCUGUGGACCACUGACCCCCUUACAGUAUGUUUGCUUCAAAUAAUUGUGUGCAAAUGUAUGCUUCUGUAUGUUCAGAAUUUGUGUGUGUGUGUGUGUGUGUGUGUGUGUGUGUGUGUGUGUGUGUGUGUGUGUGUGUGUGUGUGUGUGUGUAGCCUGUAUACAAAUACAGUCAGAGAGUUGAUCUGCGUGGCUGGCUGAAUGUGGAUUAUAAAGCUAUGUGAAACUUUUGAAAACAUGACUGAUUGAUGAAUACUCCCAUCAGCACUGACUGAGCUAUCCUUAUCAAAUAUAAAAGAAGGAAUAUAAAGCAAGAGAGACGAGUCAUUGGCUUUCUCUCAUGCAGUCACCUUAUUCAAUUCUCACUUCAAGCUGACAAAUGACUGCCCCCUCCAGGUUGGUUGAGAAAGUUGACAGCCUUUUUCAGAAAUGUUAAAUUUAAGGCAAAUAUUGAAGGUUUUGUGACGAUGAACUCAUACAAUCCAUGCUUGCUUAAUAGUAAACAUCACAAUGAUAUAAAAGAUGUAAUAAUUACAAAAAAACUCAAAGUUUUAUCCAACAGUGGUUUUUAUGUACCAGUUGCUAAACCAAGAAACACCAAUGCAUUCAGAUUUUGUCCUUUUUAAUAAAGUCAAUCAAUUGCCUUUGCAUUUUUCUUUACUUACAAAGCAAAACUUCUCUUUUAAGACAAUUUGAUAGAAUUUCAGUUCAGGAAACAAUGUAAACAGGAAGUUGUGUGUCUUCUAUGCAGAUCAUUGUCAGGGCUUUUGCCAAUUGUUCUUUGAGAGGAAGUUUUGUGUGGUCAAUAGAAUGACAUAUUGUGUUUUGUUACUCCUGGGACUUUUAAAAUGUUCAGUCUGCUGUGCUGGUAUUGUAUUUAAUGUGUGCACUAUGAGCUUUUUUAUAUGCCCUCAAUAUUAGGAAUUCAGGAUGUAAAAUCCAAAGAUGUUUAAUCUAUUCCCUGUGACCAUGACUAAUAUGGAACAUCUCAUGGAAAACAAAUAUAAACAUUAAGAUAUA